UCACGAACGACAACAUUAUUCAAGGAUUUAUUACCGAAAAUUAUAACAAUAUUCACGAUGGAAUCAUUACGCGAGCGCAACAAAUUACUACGUCAAAAGUUUUUUGAAGAAAAUGAAAAUUUGCACUGCGAAGUGGAUAGUUGGAUGUCUACAAAACCAAAGGAUGAGCCUGUCAGACCGAGUUGCACAAUUAAUCUGGACCCACAUUCGGAAGUAUAUAACAUGAAUCACAAACGAAGAGGUAUCGCAUUAAUCUUCAGCCACGUCAACUUCAAGAAACUGGAUACACGAGUUGGCGGGGAAAAAGAUUCGCAGGAACUGGCGCAAACAUUAAAGUACCUUGGCUUUGACGUUCGAGUUUACAUCGACUCGGAUGUUAAAACGAUAUUGUCGACGGUGCAAAACGCUGCUGCGGAAGACCACACGGAUGCCGACUGUCUGGUCGUAGCUGCUAUGUCGCACGGAGAAUCGGGUGUCCUGUAUGCAGUCGACAAUGUGUAUCCAGUGGAAAUGCUUUGGAGCCCUUUCCUUGGCAAUCGAUGCCCCAGCUUAGCAGGCAAACCGAAAUUAUUUUUCAUUCAGUCUUGCCGUGGAACGAAACUGGACAAUGGGGUGGAAAUUAUUCAUGAGACGGAUUCCACGCCCGGUACUACCUACAGCCUCCCUGCCUAUGCGGAUAUUAUGGUCGCGUACUCCACUUACGAUGGUUUUUUCUCGUGGCGAAAUCCGGAAAAUGGUUCCUGGUUCAUACAGGCUCUUUGUCAAGAGCUGAACAAGAACUGGAAAACCCAUGAUCUAUUAAGGAUGAUGACUGCCGUAGUCCGACAUGUUUCGAUCGAGUAUCAAUCGUACAAACCGGAGAAGAAAUCGUUCCACCAGAAGAAGCAGGUACCAUCCCUCGUUUCCAUGUUGACGCGGUUGCUGUUCUUCGGCGAUGUACCACUCGAAUACCACGCGAAAAAUAAAAACGGAAAAUAGCAAUUCGGCUAUUGAGCGAUUCAGUUGAAGCGAGGCGUAAAUCCACAGAUUUAUAUGUUUAUGCACGCACACGUAUGUAGAAAACCGUGUGUAUAGUAUUUUGUAGAUAUUUUAUCUCGAUUCUCGGUUGCUGGACGUUAAGCGGAUUAAACUUUCCGUAGCUAUUUCCUUAGUACGUCGAAUUUUUAUGAAAAGAUCGUGGCGAAAAGUUGGCGUGAUUGAUCAACGAACCGCGUGAAAAUGUAAAUUCAAUCUCGCGAGGGAAUAUCGAGGGUAUAAUUUUAAUUAGCGCCGGCCGUAGAUUUUCGUUGUACAAGUUUAAAGAAGACCUCGGUCCUUAGACCGAUAUAUAAGGGGCGGAUAACGAAGUGCGCGCAUUACUUCAUUUGCAGCUGUUCACGGAGUUUAAUGAAUGCGGUAAAUAACUCGCUUUCUGAGAUACGAACCGUAGAAAUUCGUUCCGUUUUUAAACAAAUUAAAAGUCACUUUACGGUCGGCGUUUAAACAAGCGCGUUUUACGUCGCGAGCGGAUGCGUGGCGAUAUAUUUUGAUUAUUUUACCGCGUGUACUCGUUCUUCGGUGUUUUAUGCCGACGUGCGUUUUGCCGUAAACAACCAUUUGCGCUAUAUAAAGAUGAACACCUCUACGAGGAUGUUGGCGAUAAAAAUUAAAUUCCUUUAUGAGCGCGAGGAAGCGUAGGCAAACAUUUCCGGGACACGUGCAUUCCAAAAUUUAACGUCUUUAUCUUUCUAUUAAUUUCUUGCCAUCAUCGUUCAGCCGAGCAUAAUCUACAUAUGAAUUACGAAGAAUACCGAUACAUUAUGAUUUGUAAACGUAAUUAAAAUUUGUACGCAAUCCGUUUAAUAUGUUACGGUUAGUUGCUGCUUUCGAUAAAUUAUGUAAAAGUACAAAUAAUGAUCAUAUAUAAUUAAAAUAUGUAUGUUUUUGUAAUUGAUAAUAAAUUACCUCUGUCACAAUGAUAUAACA